AUGUCUUUCUACAAAUCUGUGCACCUCGUCGAGCGUCCAACAGACCAUGUUGUACCAGACCAAAUAUUUGCCUUCAAAACACAUCGUAUUCCAGAGUCUAUUAAUGAUGGCGAGAUCCUGUUGCAAAUACUCUACCUCUCUGUCGACCCUGCUAUGCGCCGCUGGAUGGAUGGAUCAAAUUACUCUGCGCCACCGCUAAUCGAGCUUGGGGGAGUCAUGCGCGGCUCUGGCAUCGGCAUUGUGACAGCGUCAAAAUCGUCAAACUUUCCCGUCGGUUCGUAUGCGAGCGGGAUGUGUGGAUGGACAGAAUACGCUUUAAUGAGAGAGAAGGAUGUUGAUGCACUUGAUCUCCCCAAGGGGGUCAGGCUGACCGACCAUCUAGGCGUUCUAGGACUGACGUCUCUGACGGCGUAUUUCGGUAUCUUAGACAUUGGAAAUGUCAAGAAGGGGGAUUUUGUCGUUGUUUCUGGCGCUGCGGGAGCGGUGGGUAGCGUGGUUGGUCAGAUUGCUAAGAUUCACGGGGCAACGGUUUUGGGUCUUGCUGGUUCGGGCGAAAAGGCUCAGCUAAUGAAGAAAGAGCUUGGAUUCGAUUUUGCUCUAAACUACAAGGACGCGGAUUUUGCACAAAAGUUUACCGACACUACUAAAGACUUGGUUGAUGUCUACUUUGACAAUGUUGGCGGCGAGAUUCUCGAUCUUGCCCUUUCGAGAGCAAAGCCCCAUUCUAGAUUUGUCAUGUGCGGUGCUACGAGCGAAUAUAACAGAGCCAAGCCAAAGGGCCUUAUUAACUAUCCCAUGAUUAUUGCCAAGCGAAUCACUAUGCAAGGUUUCACGGUAUUGGACUACCCCGAUCGUUUCCAGGAAGCAAAAGAGCAGUUGGCCGAAUGGCUCCUACAAGGGAAACUUAAGCGAAAGGAAACCAUUAUCAAGGGCGGUCUGGGAAAUGCACCACAGGCCCUAUUAGACUUGUUCGAUGGAAAGAACACAGGAAAAACGAUGAUCGAAGUUCAAGAACUGGAGGGAUAG